AUGAACGAUAAAAUUAUUUCUUUUCGCCUCCUUCCUCCCAUAACUUUAUCUGAGAACUAUAUAGAGGGAGGGGAAAAAUACCUCCUUUUUUAUUUACUUACCGAAACUGAUAAUGCACAACGCAAAGGAGAAAAAACGGAAGAGCAUGUUUUUUUACUUGGUCGCAGUUUCCCCUAUCUAAUUAUCCCAGACGAUAAUUCCCCGAUAGUUAGCCAAAUCAAGAAUAGAAAGGAGAAGGAAUACUUUACAAUUUCUCUUACUAACCUCCAAUUUAAGCCGAAUUUUCUUGACGGAAACGAAGGAAAAGGACCCCAACCUUUUUAUUGUGAUGGCUUAUUAGUUAAAGAUACUAACCAAAUAAAAAAAGCAGUCGCAAAUACCCCCUCUUUCCCAGAAAUCACUUUCAAGGUAGUUGGUCAACGGAAAACGGGACAUGUAAUCGGAACCACUUAUGAGGAAAGUUUUUCCAAAUAUGGCAGUUAUAGCCAUAUUCUAGAAAUUGAACCGCUGGACUUGGGAAUAGAAGGAUUACCGCCCAUUGUUCGGAUAUUUUUUGAUUUUGCUAACUCGCUGCAACCAAUUUUUUUUCGUCCCUUAACAGAAAGCCGGUUUUACAACAGUAAUAUUUUGACCGACAGCGUAGGAAAAACUUUCGUAAUGAAAGUUAAAAGUUGGGGUUUUGGCGAGAAAAGAAAUAAUUUUGGUAAUGACACUUUGAAUUUUGGGGGCGAUAAUAGUUUUGAUUGA